AUGUCAGCCCAGUUCCAAAACAAUCCGGGCCCACCAUCACCUGAAGUCACCAACUCAAUCCAAAGACUACGCGACCUUGUAAAUCCUCCAUCCGAAGACUAUGUUACGCCGAAAGAAGUAUCUUUCAUAAUAAAAGGACUCCCUUCCGCAAAAGCACCAGAUGAGGAUGGCAUUACCAACAAGGCAUUAAAACACCUUCAAAAAAUUGCAAUUAUAUUCCUAGCGAACAUUUACACGUCAUGUCUCAGACUCUCUUACUUCCCUGACCAGUGGAAAAAAGCUCAAAUUGUCAUGAUCCCAAAACCCACGAAGAAUCACCAAAUUCCUGACAAUCAUAGGCCUAGAUCACUCCUCAACACCAUGUCUAAAAUAUUUGAAAGAAUAAUACUACGUAAACUCAACAUCCAUGUAAAAACUAGAUGUGAAAAACACGCUUUCCGUACUGGCCACUCUACGAUCACACAGCUAAUCACACUGACUGACGACCUGAACCAAAGGUCUCAGAAGGGGGAAAAAACUGUAGCCGUCUUCCUAGACGUGGCGAAAGCCUUUGACUGUGUGUGGCACCAAGGACUCAUCCACAAGUUAACACUCUCAAACGUUCCUCACUCACUUGUAGUACUCAUUGAAUCUUUCUAUUUCAAAAUCAAAAUAUCUGAUCACCCAUCUACAUCUCGUAACAUAGAAGCGGGUGUCCCUCAGGGGUCAUGUCUAUCACCGGACUUAUACUCAGUCUACAUAAACGAUUUCCCGACCAUAGGAGCAGUCACACUGGCUCUCUUUGCGGACGAUACCCUUCUCUACACGAGCAACCAUAACUACAAAUAUGCAGUAUACAAGCUACAAAGACAAUUGGACAUCACGAACGACUGGCUCACCAAAUGGAGAAUUCAAUUAAACGUAUAA